AAAGUGGUGUGCCCUCUGAAGUUGGGGGGAGGGCAGAACUUCACAGUUUUCAAAUCUGUACAUUUUUAAGAGGAAAUCAGAUGUCAUUGCGGCCAUCAGCAGCUUCCCUGGAAUAGUGACUGGCAGUCAGCAGGGCUGUAACCGCCAGCUUCCUCUUUCCACUUCCAUGAAACAUUGUAUCACUGCUGGAGCAGCUACUUUGCUACAUUGUAUCACUGCUGGAGGGAUCUCUUCCAUAGUACUAGUGCUGGAGGGGUCUCUUCUGUAGCAUCACCCCUCCUCCAGGAGUCACUACAUUGUAUCACUGCUGAAGUGGUCUCUUCUGUAGCAUCACUGCUGGAGCGGUCUCUUCUGUAGCAUCACUGCUGGAGCGGUCUCUUCUGUAGCAUCACUGCUGGAGGGGUCUCUUCUGUAGCAUCACUGCUGGAGGAGUCGAGUAUAUUGUAUCACUGCGCUACUUUGAUACAUUGUAUCACUGUUGGGGGAAGUCCCUUGGAGACGUUGCAUCACUGCCGGAGGAGUCACUUUGUUACAUUGUAUCACUUGCAGCCUCAGAGGACUCAGACAGAUCGUAUCCCUCCCAGGCUCGGCCGAGUCACUCGCUCACUGACUGUGGGAGAAGGAGGGGGAGAUGCACCGCGGUGGUGCCAAGGCCCCCCCAUCAGUCUGCCGCCCACAGCGUGCCAGGAAGAUGAGCCUCCUGUUAUCAUGGCGAAUGGGACGGGGAAUAGCAUGCUGAAAUGUGUGGUGGUGGGAGACGGGGCAGUGGGGAAAACUUGCCUCCUGAUGAGCUAUGCCAAUGAUGCCUUCCCAGAGGAGUAUGUGCCCACUGUGUUUGACCACUAUGCAGUCAGUGUUACGGUCGGCGGCAAGCAGUACCUUCUGGGACUAUAUGAUACUGCUGGACAGGAGGAUUACGAUCGCUUGAGGCCAUUGUCGUAUCCCAUGACUGAUGUUUUCCUCAUCUGUUUCUCCGUUGUGAACCCGGCUUCAUUCCAAAAUGUGAAAGAGGAAUGGGUCCCGGAGCUGAAGGAAUAUGCCCCUAAUGUGCCCUUUCUUUUAGUAGGGACACAGAUCGACCUAAGAGAUGAUCCCAAAACCCUAGCAAAGCUGAACGAUGUCAAGGAAAAGCCCAUCAAUGUAGAGCAAGGGCACAAAUUAGCCAAAGAGAUCGGGGCAUGCUGUUAUGUCGAAUGUUCUGCUUUGACACAAAAGGGACUAAAAGUGGUUUUUGAUGAGUCCAUUAUUGCCAUUCUGACACCAAAGAAGACAGCCAUGAAAAAAAGGCUGGGAUCGAGGUGUAUAAACUGCUGUCUGAUCACGUGAAACAAAAUCCUACUUGACCUAGUCAACUGUGAGAGCACAUGGUAAAUGGUCCAUUGCAUUAUACGCUUGUAACACCACAACAAAAAGCUUUUUAUUGACCUACUUUUCAAACACAAUGGGUUCCAACGUGGAAGGGAAUGCAGACCAGUCCUCUGGUGAAGAAAACUUACAAUUUCUCAGGGUUAAGUCUAUUGAAGCAGGAACUGUGCCAGCCAGUAACACCACAUGGAUAAGCUGUAACAUAGAACGAAGACUCUGAACCCUGGCUCACAGUCCUUUAAAUAGGAUGUAUUGAGUUCUUGCUAUCUGCUUUUGUAGGUGAGCCGCUUUCUAUUCCAGUAGAUCCACAGAGGAGCUAUGAGAAGACCAACCACAUACCCAAUGGUAGCACCAAGUGAGCAGGAGAUGGGCCACACCUGGGGGAAAAAAGGAAAUAAAAUGGAAAAGGCCCGACUUGCACAGACUUAGCUUUAAUCCAAUCGUUUUUUUGUUGUUUUUUUGCUGUAGAUACAAAUCUAAUAUCAGUAACAGCAGAAGCAAAGCAGGAAUAAAAAACACACAAUUAAUGGUUGGAGAGUGGGCACAGAGAACUGAAUGAAACCUAUCGCUGAGUUUGGAUGGAUGGAACGAUGGUUCUCGGGUGCCAAAGAGACAUUUGCUGUCUAGGAAAGUUAUGUUUUUAUUUAGCAAGAGGCUUCCUGGAAUGUGCACAUGCCUUCUCUUUUAUUGUGUGCCAAGCAGACCAGCAACCUAACUGGCACAUUCCCUCCCAGAGAUGAUUGGAGAGAAAGGUUACGUUCAUUUUAAUAUUUAUUCAGGCAUUUAUUAUAAAAAAAAAAAGGUUAACAUUC